AGAACAUGGUGUGACUUCAGCUAGUUUCCUGCAAUCUUGUGUCGUUUUAUAUUAUCUUGUACCGGUAGAGUUGAUAACUUUUGGCUGGAGUAACAAUUACUUCAGCUAUGCCUGGAAUCAGCUUGUGAACUAUCCCUUCCAUAGAAUCGAUGUGAUGCCUGUGACUCAAAGAAAAACAGCUUUAAUUACAUUUGUGUAACCACAAGAGGAGAACGUGGAAUGAUGUGCAAGAGCUUGUGACAGUGUGACAAAGUCCACAAUAGAAUGUGACAUACAAGGAAAGGAAACAUUGCACAAUUACUACAAGUUAAAGGCUAUGUCUGGAAAAUUCUGAAGAACAAAGGUACUCUUUCCUUUCAGCUUGCACAGAAUAUUCUAAGCUGCUUCAACAACCUCUCUCCAGGGAGAAGAACUGACACCACAUCAAGAAGCAACCACUAAAACAAACAGCCAAGUGAUCACUUUCCCGUGCAGAAUGCGAAGACAUUUCAGAUUGCUUGAAAAGUUUGGUCUGGUGUGCAUUGGAACUCUGGGAUUGGUAUACAUUUUCAGUCACAAUAGCCCAACAGAACCGAUUGAUGUUGUGUCCCGGGAAGAGCACCAACCCGUCGGCUUGCCUGACCUCGAUGCUGUACGAACAGAGAAACCCAAGCACGCUUCCACGUGCAGAGAAAACCAGACUGUCUCGAGUUUGCCAACGUUUGCGGUUCAGCCGCAGAACGUGAAGGACUUUCUGAGGUACAAGCACUGCAGGGACUUCAAUCUCAUCCAGAACGUGCCCAGGAAGUGUGGAGGGCCAGAGAACUCUCACAAUGUCUUCCUGCUGUUGGUGAUCAAAUCCGACCCCUUCAAUAACGACCGGCGGGACAUGGUGAGGAGGACCUGGGGGAAGGAGCGGAGAUUUCAAGGGGUCCAGAUCAAGCGGGUCUUCAUCACCGCUCUGUCUCCUAAUGAACAUGAGCAGGCGAAGCUGAACCGGGUGUUGGAGCUGGAGAACCGGCAACACCGGGACAUCCUGCAGUGGGACUUCCUGGACACCUUCUUCAACCUCACCCUCAAGCAGUUCAAACUGUUGCAGUGGCUGGAUGUCUAUUGUCCCAAGGCCCAGUUCAUCUUCAAUGGAGAUGAUGAUGUCUUCGCCAACAGCGAUAACAUGGUGGAGUAUCUGCAGGGCAUGGAGGCUGGUCAGAAAGGAGGCCAGCACCUCUAUGUGGGACAUCUCAUCGCCGGCGUGGGCCCCAUCCGAGAGAGGUGGAGCAAGUACUAUAUCCCCGAGGUGGUGACCUCCUCCCAGUCCUACCCACCUUACGCUGGCGGAGGGGGCAUCCUCAUGUCGCGGCACACGGCCAGUGUCAUCUACAGCGUAGCCCGGGAGAUCGAGGUCUUCCCCAUCGACGAUGUGUUCUUCGGCAUGUGCCUGGAGAAAGCGGGCCUGGCCCCCAAGUCGCACAUGGGGUUCCGGACGGCCGGGGUUUGGGUACCAUCCCCCAAAGAUGACUCGUUUAACCCGUGUUACUACCGGGAGCUGCUCCUGGUGCACCGCUUCCGGCCGUAUGAGCUGCUCCUGAUGUGGGAGGCCGUGCACAACAGCAGCCUCCGCUGUGCACGCUCACCUCUGAGGGUGGCGCUGCCACAGACUUAGGGCGUGGUGCUGCUCCGGAUGCCACACUGGGGGGUGUGUGUCUCGGAAGAAACCCUUCCCAAAAUACUUCAGCAGCUGACCUGUCCCCUUCCUAGCCUGCUUUUCCACCUCCCUCCAAUAGGAGGAAUCUCCUGUUUUGGCGAUCAUCCAGUCGCUGUCCUUCUGAAACCAAGGCCCUCCAGCCACUGACUUCUCCGGGAUGUCAACCACGUGGGGUAUCGCAGUUCAGUCCAAGGUGCACCUGGUUUUAUGGUCUGGUGUCCCACUGAGGCUUAUGCAGAAUGACUAAGAUCAGAAGCCCUGUUGUGUUGUCUCACACACACCAACAAACACUGAGCCACGCACACAGGGUGUGUCUUGAGCCAAGUUCUCCUGUGCCUGGACUGUAUUUCCAAUUAUUUUAACACUCCUUUUUCCCCACCCAAACCUCCAUACCAAUCUUUACCCCACCCAAAGCCCAGAGGAGUUGUUAAUAAUUUAGCAGAGGAUCAUCCCAUCUAGAAUCUGAGUUUGGUUCAGGGGGAGAUUAGUUUCUAGUUACUCAUGAGCCAUUUCAAUGCUGCAGUGUGGUGUGAGUGGUUGGGUGAGAUGGGGUCAGUGAGUGGCCUGGAUGUGCUGAAUACCAUCCCUCAUCUUCUUAAUUCCAACUUGAUCCCAUGGUUUCCGUCCAGCAGACAGCCCAAACUGAACAGUCUUCCUCUUCCUGGUUUCCUUUUUGAUCAAGGGAGUGGGUUUAACUUCCCAAUUCUCGUUUUGAUAAGGGCUACACCUAUGUGAUGCAAAUUUAGACUGAUUUUGUAUUUUUCUUCUUCACUUAAAAAGAAGUUAUUGUUUAUACUAUUUGUGAGAUUGUUUAAAAAAAAUUGAAGAAAGCUAUUUCCUCAUUUUUAUUAUUUUAAAAGUGGAUUUUGUUCAGACUAAGCAGCCUGUGCAUGAUCAAUGACAAAGAGACAGAGAGGAAUAUGAAAGUUACUGUCAGACAUAAGUGAUGUAACAAAUCCUAUGUUCAAAAAUACUUCGGUCUAAAGUCCCCAAAAUGUGUUAAAAGCAUUAAAUAAAUACAAUCUGUCUUUCUACCAAGAUUUAGAUGCAACCUCCAAUUUGCUUCAUGUUGUUACUUUCCUUUAUGUCCAGCGUGUUUUUUUUUAAAGACAUAAAAUUGGCUAUUACCCAUUUUAAUACCAAAGGUAUUAAAAGGUUGCAACAUUCACCAUAAAAUGGACAAAGCCUCAUGUUUAAUCCCACAAUACUUUCAAAUCCCAGCCUAUUGAGCAAUAAUAGAGCAGGAGGUGUUAUUUAGUCACACAAAAUGGGGGGCAUGGAGAAACAUGGAAUGGUUUGAGCAUUGAAGCUGGUCAUUUGACCCAUUGUGUCAAUUAGCUGCUCUUGCCAACAAUCAGCCCCAGUCUUUUGUUCAUUCAUGUGAUGUAGGUGUUGCUGGCUCGGCUAGCAUUUAUUACCCAUCCCUAAUUGUUCAGAGGGUUGUGCGUCUGGAGUCACAUGUAGGCCAGACCAGGUGAGGAUGGCAGAUUUUCUUCCUGAAAGGACAUUGUAGGAAAAAGCAGAUCUGAUUCACUAAUGGGAAUCUGUGUUCUUGUACAUGAACCACACAAUGUUAUUGUGAUUUGCAGGUGCAGUAAUUAAUCAAAAAGGGAAAUGGAAGGAUGGAUUUGUAUUGGUACCAGCUGGAACUUACAAACAGCUGAGACUUGUUGGACCUGUAUAUGACGUUGGUGAGGCUGUGUUUGGAGUACGUGAACAUGUUUGGUCCCAAUAUUUUAAAAGUCAUGUAUUGAUGUUGGAGGCAGUUUUUUUUAAAAAAAGAGAUUCUUUGGUUGACUCCUGGGAUGAAGGGGUUGAUGUUUUAAGAACAGCUAAGCAGAUUCGGCUUUGAUUCAGCAGAAAUUAAAAGAAUGUGAGGUGAUUUUAUUAAAACGUGCAAGAUUCUGAGGGAGGGCCUGACCGGGUGGAUAUUGAGAAGACAUGUCCAUCAGCAGGCCGAGCCUUCUACUCUGGCUUAGUUACAGAAUUAAAGGGGGCACUUCUUUAAAACCUGAGAUGCAAAGGAAUUCCUUCUCCCAGAGUGCAGUGAUUGUCAGAAAUUCUCCACCCUAGAGAGUUGUAACUGGAUUAUUGGAAGGAUUUAAGGAUAAGGUGGAUGUUUGAAAUAGCAGGGAGUUGAGGGUAAUGAGGAGCUGACAGAAAAGUGAAUUUGAGGUCCAAGGCUGGUCACGAGUCGUACAGCAUGGAAACAGACCCUUUAGUCCUAGUAUCCAUGCUGACCAGAUACCUCGAUCUGACCUAGUCCUACUCACCAACAUUGGCCCUUUUCCCUCUAAACCCGUCCUAUUCAUAUACCCAUCCAGACACUUUUUAAACAUUGUAAUCGUAUCAGCCUCCAUCAUGUCCUCAAUAGUUCAUUACGCGUGCACGCACACACGUGCACACACCACCUUUUUCGUGAAAAGGUUACCCCCCCCCCCUUGGGUCCCUUUUUAAACCUUUCCCUUCUCACUUUAAACCUAUGCCCUCUAGUUUCGGACUCCCUUACUCUGGCUAAUUGGGCUUUCUCCUCUUCCUCCCCCCCCCCCCCCCCCCCGCCAUCUUUGGCUAAUUCACGUAUCUCUUCCCCUCAUGAUUUUAUACACCUCCACAAGGUCACGUUACAGCUCUGACAUUCCAGGGGCAAACAGCCCCAACCUAUUCAGUGUCUCCCUAUAACUCAAACCCUCCAGUCCUGAUAAAUUCUUGUGAAUCUUUUCUGGACCCUCUCACAUGCAACAACAUCCUUCCUAUGGAAGGGUGACCAGAGUUCUAUGCAGUUUUCUAAUAGAGCGGGGAAACAGUCUGAGGUACAACUUUCUUGUACUCUUCAGAUUCACUUCCCAAUGAGCAGGCUUAAUUUAGCUUUAAAAACUGUAUUUUAUAAUGUUUCAGAUGUUAGAACAGGUGAGAUUAAAAACUCCUCAGAAACGCCUAAGGAAGUCAUUGCAACAAUUUUAUUUGAAGAAUGACAAACACAGAUCAUUGCCUAAUCUGCAGCAUGAAGGAAUCUGUUAUCCUUAUCUGAUCUGGCCUACGUGUUACGCCAGACCUGCAGCAAUGUGGUUGACUCUUCACUGCCCUCUGGACAAUUAGGGAUGGGCAGUAAAUGAUGCUUGUUCAGCAACAUCCUUAUCGCAAGAAUGAACUUUUUCAGAAGCGUUAGGUUAUGGAAAUAAACCAUUCAACUUUUGCUCUCUUGAUUAGAUGACAACCCAUGUUUAUCUCUUGUCCUCCUGCAUUGCUCUGUAUCAAGUGUUCAUUGCCCAUUUGUGGGUUGACAUAAGAACAGCACUUACCCCAUUCAUUGUGGUCUCAGACUGGCGUGUCCUCUCUGUAUUGACCCCACCUGAAGGUGCUGAGCUUCGAAUCUGUGGUUGCUGUUAUGUUUCAGUGAAAGGAACUGAUGUGGGAGUGUGUGUGGCAAGGGUUCUGUCCAAACCCUGAUAAACACUCGGACUUGGGGUCAUCAGAUUAACCCAGACAACUACUGCCCUGGUUGAUCGACACGUUCCUGGGAGAAGUGAACCUGACAGGACAGUUCCCUAUAACAAUUAUUCUUUUAAAUCUUGACUGACCUUGCCUAAUAAAAGAUUUAUUCUUAGUGCCCAA